UUGAUCCGACUUUAAAACCAAGUUUAGGGUUUCUUUCGUCUCUUUCUUUCGAUUUCCGCCCAAUGCUGAAAUCAGCAACGUCUCGACUCUCGGUUGCACGGGGCUUCAUCAACCCCUCCCUCUCUCUCACGAGUAAUACUUCAACCACCACAAGCUUCAAUUCUCUCCCUCCUAUUCCUAAGCAUCUCGGGUUGAGCAUCAGGGGCGUGCGAGUGGGAGGGAGGGAGAUUCCGGAUAACAAGCGGGUGGAAUACUCUUUACAGUACAUCCAUGGAAUUGGCCGCACCAGAGCGCACCAAAUCCUCUGUGACCUCAACAUUGAGAACAAAAUCACAAAGGACCUGUCCCAGCAGGAAAUCAACUCGCUCCGGGAUGAAGUUUCCAGCUACUUGAUUGAUUUCCAACUCAUGCGAUCCAAUGAUCUUGCCAUUAAAAGGUUGAAGGAUAUUCAAUGCUACAGGGGGAUAAGGCACAUUCAGGGGCUUCCUUGUAGAGGACAACGAACGAAAACCAAUGCUCGGAUCUGUCGGAAGGGAAUGCAUAGUGCAUUGGAUGGAAAGAAGGCACCUCGUUAACAGAAAAUGGAACGCAGGUCAAGACUAGCUGGGGUGAAACCAAGUCAAUUAGGUCAGAAACAAUGGGGGCUGUUGUGAUUCAUGAGUUCACCAGAGCACCGUAUCUCACCCUGCCUCUAACUAUCAUUACUAAAGAAAAUGCUAUACAUAAAACAAUCCAAUAUGCCUGGCCAAAGAUGACUUAAGAAUUUACUAUCAUGUGGGUUAUCAAACUGGUGUUUUGCCUUUUUUUUUUUUUUUUUUCGUUGAGGAGUUUGUGUUACAUGGUUGUGAACUGAUGUUGGUCUUGUUUGUUGGUUUAUGUUUUGUUAUUGGAAAGAUGUAAACUCUACCAUAUAAAAAAUGUGAUGUGUUACCAAGAUAUUGGUUGGUACGAACAUGGAGCAAAUCAAUCUUGUCAUGUACUAUAUAAAUGUAUUAAGUGAAACA